CUUUUGGCUAAGAUCAAGUGUAGUAUCUGUUCUUAUCAGUUUAAUAUCUGAUACGUGGGCCAUUGGCCCACAACGAUAUUAACUCUAUUUUUUGAGGGGGUGGGUCCACUACGGUAGCUUGCUGCUGGGGCUCACGAGCGUCGCCCACGCGUUGCACUACAGCGAGGGCCUGGCGCACCCCGCCCAAUGCUAAAAUAUCAAUUUUAUCUCCGAAGGAAAUUAGAAAAUGAAAAAAAUAUAAUAUAUAUAAAUUAGUAAUAGCAUUGUUAAUUCAGAAAUUUCUGCUUUUGUGAAAACAUGAUUCAAUUUUUAUAUCUCCAAAGUUUGGUGACGACACGUCGAAACCAAGCAAAGUGUCAACUUCCAAUCUCGAGGAAAAUUUGUUUUGCCGUUUGCGUUAUAGCGUUUGCGUUUGACCGCAAAAUAAUAUCAGAAAAGACCAUAAUGAAUUGGGCCGGGUUAGAUCUGCUAUUUGGGCUCGGCUCGAAAGAGGGGACGCGUUCGUCACUGUUAUAGGACAAGCUUCGUUGUUCGUUUCCACUCCUCCCAUUAUUUCCCCCCGACAACAAUCCGUCUCUCUCUCUCUCUCUCCAUAUUCCUGCGUUCCCGUAUCAGAUCCGAGAGGCGUUCCGACAUGUCUUCGUUCAGCGGCGAUGAGACAGCACCGUUCUUCGGCUUCCUUGGCGCUGCAGCCGCGCUCGUCUUCUCCUGCAUGGGAGCAGCCUAUGGAACAGCAAAGAGUGGUGUAGGCGUGGCUUCAAUGGGAGUGAUGAGGCCUGAAUUGGUCAUGAAAUCGAUUGUGCCGGUGGUUAUGGCUGGUGUUUUGGGUAUUUAUGGACUGAUCAUUGCAGUUAUCAUCAGUACCGGAAUCAACCCAAAGGCUAAAUCUUACUACCUCUUCGACGGCUAUGCACACCUCUCCUCUGGUCUUGCCUGUGGUCUUGCUGGUCUUUCAGCCGGAAUGGCCAUCGGCAUUGUGGGUGAUGCUGGUGUCAGGGCAAAUGCACAACAGCCUAAACUCUUCGUCGGGAUGAUUCUUAUCCUCAUCUUUGCGGAAGCGUUGGCUCUUUACGGCCUUAUCGUGGGCAUCAUCUUGUCGUCUCGAGCUGGCCAGUCUAGGGCUGACUAAGGAAGGGCCCGAGACUCGAGACUUUAUUGGAUCAUUGUUUCGGAAGCAGACCUCUGCCCUUUUGGUGGUUUGCUCCAUUGUAGGAUUUUGAGGUUUGGUCGGUAAUAAAAAAAAAGUUUGUGGCUAAAGCUUAGCUUUGUUUUGUAUUUUCUUGUAUUUGUUUGUUCGCAUAUGUCAUGAGGAACAUAAAAAAAAAAACAUUUAUUUUGUAAAGAAAGUUUGCUUCUGAACUGAAACCAUUUGAGUGUUAUGGGAUUAAUCUGAUGUUGUUCUU